CUAUUUUCAACGCUAUUUGAAAAAGUGGUGCAAAAAACACGUGCUUUUGGUUUGCGUUGAGAUCUGUUUGCCAUUCAUUUGGUUUGUGAUCCCAAACAGUACUUUAAAUCUUGUUUUAAAGGCUCACCGAAGAGCUGACAAUCACUUUAAUUAUCACUUAAAGUAGUCUUUAUUUAACUAUCAAUGGGAAGACCAGUCCGCGUGGCGGUGGCUUCAGAGGAGGCGGCGGUGGACGCGGAGGUCGUGGCGGUGGAGGCCGUGGUGGCGGCGGCGGAGGUGGCGAUGGGAACAGCGGUUGCUUUAAAUGCGGACAAAGCGGUCACUUCUCACUAUCAAUGGGAAGACCAGGCUUUAGUCCGCGUGGCGGUGGCUUCAGAGGAGGCGGCG